UUGUUAUAAACACAGUUCCCAGAGCAGUGGCAGCAAAUUGAAAAAAAGGAUGGAGAAUGAACAGUGGCUACAUUCUGAACAACAUGCCCAUAGCAGGGACAGCAAACUUAAAAAGUGGUGAGCAAGGAGUGGCUUUAGUUUGAACGCAACACUGAGGAAGGAGGCAACAAGUUUAAAAAGAGACCAGGGAGUGGCUGUAUAUUGAACAGAAAAUCCAGAACAGAAGCAGCAAGUUUAAAAAGAGUGUGAUGAACGGAGAGUGACUUCAUUCUGAACACAGCACUUACAGAAGCUGACUAUGAGAAAGAAAAUCUAUCAGUGAUGUCACAGGAUAUCUAUAGGUGGGCUGUUCCACAUAUGGCCCAACAAAUGAAUAACCUGUCAGCUCAUCAGCUCUCUGUGAAAAUCACAACAGAAGAGGAAAUUGAGAGUUCAGAAAAUGGAGUCAGAAGAACAGCAUCUGCCUCUGAUGAUACAAGCUCUGAGCUGCAGAGAGUAGCUACUCUCGACCCAGGAGGUCUGCUCUCCCGGAAUUCAUUCCGAGGACAAGGGGCACUGUCCAGGAUUGUUCAUCUGGUUGUUGUCCUGAGGGACUGGGCCCACAGGAGUCUGCAGCAACAGGAGCCAAGGCCAGACUCCUUCCUGGAGAGAUUGCGGGGACCCGAGCUACAGACAGUGGUCAGCAGAGUGAGCAGCACCACUGCCCAAGAGGAGGGCCAACCCCAAACUAAAAGGCAACGGUCAGUGUUUGUGCUGGACCCAGCUGACAGUAUGUAUUACCACUGGCUGACUGUCAUCACCUUGCCUAUCAUCUAUAACUGGUGCUUCCUGGUAUGCAGGGCUUGCUUUGACUCUUUCCAGAUACAACAUCUUACAAUGUGGUUGACUACUGACUACAUUUCAGAUGUCAUUUAUAUUCUUGACAUCUUUGUCAGACUCAGGACAGGAUUUCUAGAACAGGGUCUGCUGGUUAAAGACUUGAAGAAGUUACGAGAUCAUUGCAUAAAUACCCUGCAGUUUAAGUUGGAUGUCUUUGCAGUUUUACCCACCGACCUGGGUUACUUGGCAGUAGGAUUCCAUUACCCAGAGCUUCGAUUCAAUCGCCUGCUGAAAUUGCCACGGGUAUUUGAGUUUUGUGAUCGGACUGAGACCAGAACAAAUUACCCAAAUGUCUUUCGAAUUGGCAACCUGCUGCUCUAUCUGCUGAUCAUCAUUCACUGGAAUGCUUGCCUUUACUAUGCCAUCUCCAAAAGCAUUGGCUUUGGCUCAGAUAGCUGGGUCUAUCCCAACAUCUCAGACCCUUACCAUGGUUACCUGGCAAGAGAAUAUAUUUACUGCCUGUAUUGGUCAACGCUGACGCUCACCACCAUAGGGGAGACGCCAGCACCAGUCCUCGAUGUGGAAUUCUUGUUUGUGGUGUUCGAUUUCCUGGUAGGAGUGCUGAUCUUUGCCACCAUUGUGGGUAAUGUAGGGUCAAUGAUAUCCAACAUGAAUGAAAGCCGUGCAGACUUCCAGACCAAAGUUGAUGCCAUCAAGCACUACAUGCAAUUCCGAAAGGUCAGCAAAGAGGUGCAGACCCGUGUUAUUAAAUGGUUUGAUUAUCUCUGGGUGAACAAGAAAAAUGUUGAUGAACGUGAAGUGCUGAGAGGUUUGCCAGACAAACUGAAGGCAGAAAUUGCCAUCAAUGUACAUCUGGACACUCUCAAGAAGGUGAGAAUCUUUCAGGACUGUGAGGCUGGCCUCCUGGUGGAGUUGGUGCUGAAGCUCACACUCCAGGUUUUCAGCCCUGGGGAUUACAUCUGUCGCAAGGGAGACAUUGGGAAAGAGAUGUACAUCAUUAAGGAAGGAAGACUGGCAGUGGUGGCAGAUGAUGGGGUGACACAGUACGUCACCCUGAGUGCAGGUAGCUGCUUCGGAGAGAUCAGUAUCUUAAACAUGCAGGGCAGUAAAAUGGGCAACAGAAGGACAGCAAAUAUCCGGAGUAUUGGGUACUCCGAUCUCUUCCGUUUAUCAAAAGAUGACCUAAUGGAAGCCUUGGUUGAGUUUCCAGAAGCUAAGAAGGAUCUAGAAGAGCGAGGCAAGGAGAUUUUGUUAAAAGAAGGAUUGCUGGACGAAGGGCAUGUGGAGGUGGUCAUGGGAAUGAAAGACAUGGAGGAGAAAGUAGAAAGACUUGAAUCAAAUCUUGUUUCCUUACAGGCACGGUUUGCCAGGCUGUUGAAUGAGUACAACUCCACUCAGCAGAAAUUCAAACAGAGAAUCACAAGCAUUGAAAAGAAACUAAUGCAACUUGAUAUUGAGUGUGUUUCUGAUGGUUUAGACAGUGUGAGUGAGACUGAAAGAAGUAAAAGUGAGAAUGAUAAGCACUGGAAAAGUUGCUGUGUCUAG